AGUCACGAAACCUAAAAAUGCGAACGAGCUUCCUCCUAUAAAUUGAUAAACCCUAGCUUCAGUUCCGUCUUCCUCCGUAACAGACGCCAUGGGUAUCGAUCUUAUCGCCGGAGGUAAGAGCAAGAAGACCAAAAGGACUGCUCCAAAGUCCGAUGAUGUCUACCUCAAGCUUCUCGUCAAGCUAUACCGGUUUUUGGUAAGGAGAACCGGAAGCAAGUUCGAUGCUGUGAUCCUUAAGAGGCUUUUCAUGAGCAAAGUGAACAAGGCUCCUCUUUCACUCUCCAAGCUCGUUGAGUUCAUGAAGGGCAAGGAUGGUAAGAUUGCUGUGUUGGUUGGGACCAUCACUGAUGAUUUGAGAGUGCAUGAGAUUCCUGCGAUGAAGGUUACUGCCUUGAGGUUUACGGAGAGGGCUAGGGCUAGGAUUGAGAAAGCUGGUGGUGAGUGCUUGACCUUUGACCAGCUUGCUCUCGUUGCUCCAUUGGGACAGAACACGGUUCUCCUUAGAGGACCAAAGAACUCUCGUGAAGCGGUGAAGCACUUUGGUAAAGCACCUGGUGUGCCACACAGCCACACCAAGCCUUAUGUUAGGGCUAAGGGAAGGAAGUUUGAGAAAGCUAGAGGAAAGCGAAAGAGUCGUGGUUUCAAGGUCUAAGGUUGUUUCGAGGUUGUUGUUGUUGCUUCCUUAUGGUUGCUGCUUUCAGAAUCGUAAUUUUUGUAGACCACUCUUGUUACUCAUUUGCUUUUUGCAGACAUUGUUUUGAGUUUUCUGUUUUUCUGUUCUAAUCGACAAUUGAAUGUUUUGCUUGAUAACUGUUUAAGACUUUGCUUAAUGCUUGAUAACUGUC